GGGGGAGAGAGAGAGCGUGAUUCCAGAUCUCUCUCUGCUGCUCUCUCCACUUUGGGUACUCGUACCCAGUCUGACUCAAUGGGGCUUCAGCACUAAGGGGUUAAACGUUAAAAUAAAAGAUAUUUAUUCACCCCAAACCCCCUUUAGUGUUUAGGUUUUGUGCAUUAAGAUAGGCAUACAUAGGUCCCUCAUUAAGGAAAGUCUCCGGGAGAGGCAGAGACGUCUCCAGAGGCGUGCCUUGUUGUCUGUUGCCUCGCAGAAGGGUCAGUCGGGUCCCUCUCGUCGGCUGGCUUUCUGUGAGCGGAUAACUUCCAUCAUAUCCUACAUUUACAGCUCAACCAGACCGGCAAACUACUGCAACACUAUGGAUACCGGAGAUUGUCCCUUCCGUAAGAAACGGAGACCAUGGCGCAUGGACUUCUCAUCCUUUGCCUUGGUACUCGUGGCGCUCGCCGUGUGCCAAACGACCGUGGUUCGGGCAGACCCAGUGGAUGUGUUGCGGGCUCUGCAGGUUCCCUCUCUCCCCGAGGGCGUAAAAAAGGUCCCCGGCUUCUGCACAUCCCGUCGCUCAGGCACCCCCGACCAUGCAUACCGCAUCUCCAAGAAGGCCCAGAUCUCUGCCCCCACAAAGCAGCUCUUCUCAGGUCCAUUCCCAGAGAAUUUUUCCAUCAUGGCUCUAGUUAAGGCCCAAGCUGGACUCCAGGCUUUCCUCCUCUCCAUCUACAGCGAGCAGGGCAUCCAGCAGCUGGGCAUUGAAAUGGGACGCUCACCUGUUUUCCUGUAUGAGGACCAGAACGGCAAGCCAGCCCCCGAGGACUACCCACUGUUCAGAGGCGUCAAUCUGGCUGAUGGCAAGUGGCAUCGCAUCGCUAUCUCUGUUUCAAAGAAAAAUGUGACACUGCUGCUGGACUGCAAGAAGAAGAUGACCCGCGCUCUGCCCCGCGGCAACAACGCAGUGGUUGACACUAAUGGCAUCACAGUCUUCGGUGCCCGUCUGCUUGAUGAGGAGGUUUUCCAGGGAGACAUCCAGCAACUGCUGAUCGCCUCCAACCCCCAGGCUGCCUAUGACUUCUGUGAACACUACAGCCCUGACUGUGACUCCCCACUGCCCAAGACCCAGGCUCAGGACCCCAACACAUACAAGAAGGAGUUCAAUGGAAAAGCAAACCCCAACUAA